GUGAGCAUAGUUCAUAUUGUGUGUGUUUGGCUAGUCUCUAGUUGCAAUCAUGUUGGCCUCAGUUCUAGCACUAGCAUUUCUUCCUUUAGUUCUCAGUCAGGCAGACCCUACUAAGGUCUGCAUGCCUGACACUAUUGAAUUCAUAACAGUUGAUUUAGUGACAGAUCAAAUAGCAGUUGUUUCAAUAGACUUCACAAAGAAGCUACUUUCAAGUGUUUCACCAAACAGAACAGUUGUUGAUGAUAUUGCUAAUUCAAAGAGCUAUGUGAUAGAUGCCACAGGAAAUUGUCAGUCCUAUGAUGCUCCUUUAUCUGCUCUGUACCCACAGUGCUUACCUGCAACUGCCCAACUUGAGGACAACAUUUAUAUUGGAUUUGGACCUGAGAGGCUACAAGCCGAAGCUUGGUUCAUCAAUCCAUACAGUGGAGGCACUUUAAGGCUAGCCUUCAGCAAGCAGCCCAACCAGCCAAGCUACCCUGUUCUGUCAAAGUUUGUUGACAGCAAUGGAGAUGUAUUUACAACCUUCUACGUCAACCCCAAUACAACCAUAUCCAACCCAGAUAGCUUCAAAAUUCCAGACCCCUGCCCACCAUCUGUCAUUGUGUAAACCAGGGCAAGAGAUUUUAAUAUCACACAAUAUGUCUGUCAAAGCUAUUGGUUUUUUUAUUUUAUUUGCGUAAUGUUUUGAAUUUUAAUAAAAAUACAAUAAGCAC